AUGAACUUGAGACAAUCGCUUGGAACUCCGAAAAAUCCAUCCUUAGUGCACUUGAAAGCGGCGGAGGUAGUAGUCGGUCUAGCAGUGGUAGUCGUAACUGUUGGUGCAGACUUGGUUGUCGUUGUUGGUGCUCUUGUUGUUGAAACUGUGCAUCCCGAUAAGCCAGCAGUAGUACAGUAUUUCAGAGAAGCAGAGUAUUGGAGACCAGAUGGGCAUGACAUGCUAUACGACUGGAAGUUCAGUGGUGGCAUAAAGUGGAGAGUUGAAUCCAACAAGAGAUGCCCAGGCUCCGAAGAAGUCGUAGCUCAUGAGAAGGAUGAAAUCAAAGUUUGGAGCAAGGUUUGGAAUGUCGUAUCCAGCGUCAAUAGUAGCUGGUCCGGCAGCAACGGCAGCAGUCACCAGAAGACGGUCCUGGUUGGUGGAUCCAGCUUCAGACUCGCAAGCAGCCUUCAAUUCCUUGACGAGUGCAACGUAGUUAGACAUAUCAGUAGCUCCGGAUGGAUACUCCCAAUCAAUAUCUAUUCCAUCGAAUCCCCAAGUUCUGACAAAAGUGAUAGCGGAGUCAAUGAACACUUUUCUGGAUGCAGAGCUGGCAGCCAUUCCUUGAAAGAGAGCAGUUCCAAAACUCCAUCCUCCAAAAGAAAGAAGAGUUUUGAGUUGAGUGUCCGUGGUUUUCAAUUUGUUCACACGUCUAUACAUUCCUUCUCCAGCCCAAUCAUUUGGCAAGCAAUGGAUAGUAAUCAGGCUCUCCGCUUGGAUCAAGAAGAAAUGCAACCGAAUUCCAAAACUGAUUUGAAAACAGAAAACAACAAUGAUGAGAACAACACUGACAGCUCAUCUAACGCUGAAAAAGAUCCAUAUGAUAUCAUGGUUGAACUUGCCGCUUCUUACGGAGAAGAGAACAACUGA